AUGUUGGAAACGAUCAAUGGACAAUAUAUUGUUCUUGGAGUAUGUUGUUUGAUCGGUACUCUUGCUCUGACUACACAAUGGUUUGUAUUAGUACCUUCUCUAGGAGGUUGGUCUUCACCACAAACACUCAAGUCUCUUGGACCUUUGAAUCUUGGUAUUUUGGUUCUAUCCUAUUAUUAUUAUUUGGCCAUUGUUACUGAUCCUGGGAAAGUACCGGAAGGUUGGGAACCUCCGUAUUCAUUGAUACAACGACCUGAAGAAGUCCAAUCAAGUAAAGGUGAAACUGGUCCUAGGUUUUGUCGUUCUUGUGAUGCUUAUAAACCUCCUCGUGCUCAUCAUUGCCGUGUCUGUCGACGUUGUGUGUUAAAGAUGGAUCAUCAUUGUCCUUGGAUAAACAAUUGUGUUGGUCAUGGAAACUAUCCUCACUUUAUUCGUUUCGUCUUCUCCGUCAGUCUGACUUGUGGUUAUGCGUUGUAUCUCUUAGUCUGGCGAUUGAUUCAAAUCCUCGAUAUGAAUAGUCAAACUGAUAACCUUUUUUUUUAUUAUUCCAUUUUAUUUAAGCAAAAUGCUCUUAGACCUGUGAAAAGGACGGAAAUGAUUUUUAUGGUGAUUGAUAUAGUUGGUGUUUUUAUCACAGUUUUCUCAGUAUCAAUCCUUUCUGUCUAUCAUGGUUAUUGUGUCAUCAAAGGUCAAAGUACUAUUGAAGCUUGGGAAAGAUCAAAAGUCAAGAAUUUGAUUAAAAAGAAGAAAAUCAUGCCGGUCGACUUUCCUUAUGAUCUUGGACCCUUUAGAAAUAUCGCCUCUGUACUAGGAAACAAUAUCCUUCUUUGGCCUUUUCCCUUGUCUAGUAUAGGAGAUGGAUUGACAUAUACUUUAUUGCCCAAUACUGGUAAUCACUAUUUUUUUUUUUUUUAA